AUCCUGCAUUAUCGUGAGAAGCGCCUUGCCGUAGACUAGCCAUAUUAGAUGAUUCCUUAAUAACAGAAGUUCAAUAACAUUCAUGCAUGAUAACGUUAUAGAUGGUAAAAAGAACGGAUCAGGUUCCAUGAAGAUCAUCUCGGCUAGUCUCAACGUCAUGGCUCAUCGACACCUUGGCAAACCCACAAAAUAAUACCGCAGUGAAUACAAACUUUGCUUCGUCAACAUUCGUUGUUGACGAUGGAGUCCGACAUCGCAGAUGAUCUUGACAAGCUCAACGUUCGAGACAUUCUCAACGCAGACUCACGACCUACGUUUAUCAUCGAUCUUGAUCCUGAUGACGAAACGCCACUGCGCUCAAAGGCUAUUCAGCCUGUGUUUUUCAACAGUGCACUCGCCACGCAUGAGCGACUCUUAGAUGCUGUGCGCGGUGAGCAGAGUGAGAGUGAGUAUGCAGAGUUCAAGACUUGGGCUACGGGGAUUACGAAGCAGGACGAUUCGAAGGAUGUGUUUCCGUUGUUCUUUUUGUACAAGGGCUUGCUUUGGACGGGGUCGACUGUUGGGAAGAGAUGGAGGUUGAUUAGUGGGAAUCGACUUUGGCAGCAGCCUGACACGCCAGCGAGUUUAUCAUCGGCUGCACUUUCGAGAGCGAGUACGCCGAGUCUCAAGGAUCAGGAUACGCCAAAGGGAGAGGUUUCAAAGUCGCCCAAGCAAGAUGAAGCGAAGGAGGGUCAUGUUGAGGAGGCGCAGGAAAUGACGCCGACGGAAGCAACAUUGAUAGCGUCUACACCGCGAAAACUCCCCUUCAGAUCAUGGUGGCGAGGCAGUAAUUCAAAGGGAAGUUCAGAUCGCAACACCGGCAGUUCAAGCAGUGGCUCCAUAAUCCUAGGCAAACCCGAAAAAGCCGUCGCAGACUGGACGGUCGCCAACCCAAAAGGCCUUUUGUCACCCUACAUCCGUCUCCUGCGCGCCAUAGACUGGUCCUCAACACCCCUAGGCCCCAUGUCCUCAUGGUCCCCCGAACUACGCCAAGUAGCGAAUCUCGUCAUCAACAAUCCGCACCCCGCGAAUAUCUUCUGGGGAAAAGACAUGACCAUGCUAUACAACGAAGCGUACGCCGUUAGAUUCGCUGGGAACAAACAUCCUUCUAUGCUAGGGACGGGAGCGUCGGGGCCUUGGUCUGAGGCUUGGGAUGUUCUUGGUUCAGCGCUGCAAGAGGUUGUGAGGACGGGUGUGAGUUUUAGGAGCGAUAAUGAUGAUUUGGUGUUGUUUAGGAGGGGUUUUUUGGAGGAGACGCAUAUUUGUUGGUCGCUUACGCCGUUGUAUGGGGGGACGGAGAGGAUUGUGGGGUUUUAUAAUGCGCCGUUUGAGACGACGGAUAUGGUGUUGAGUCAGCGACGCAUGGGAACGAUUAACAAGGUCAGCGAGUCGUUGAGGAAAGCGACGAGUAUCAAGAGUUUCUGGAUGUCUGUUCUGGAUGGUCUUGAAGAUAACCACCGAGAUGUUCCGUUCGCACUUCUGUACUCUGUUGGUGAGGCUGAAGAAGCAGAUCAACAGUCGAGUUCGUCGGGGAGCACGAUCUCGAGCAAAUCUUGUUAUCUUGAGGGAACGAUUGGGAUACCGCUUGGCCAUGCUGCUGCGCCGGAGCAGAUUGAUCUCAAGAGGAGUUAUCGGGGGUUUGUGCCUUCGUUUCGAGAGGCGAUGCGGACGAGGGAGCCGACGCUCGUAAGAAUACGAGAUGGGACCUUACCUGAAGAUCUUAUGCAGGGUAUCAAGUGGCGAGGAUUUGGGGAGGCUGGUACAGAGGCGAUAAUCUUUCCGGUUCGACCUACGAACGGAGAAACUGUACUAGCGUUCCUGGUUCUGGGCGUCAACCCUCGUAGACCAUACGAUGAGGGGUACAUGUCCUUUGCAACACUUCUCAACAACCAACUUGCUACUUCACUAGCAUCAACCAUCCUCUUCGAAGACGAGACCCGACGUGGUCGCGACGCAGCAGAAGCAGCAGCUCUAGAGAAAGAAGAACUCACGCAGCAACUGAACCUACAAGCAAGUCGUCUUCGAAGAAUGACAGAGUUAUCGCCACUGGGCAUGUUCCUCACCAGUCCAGAGGGUAUUCUUCGUGAAGCAAAUGAUCGAUUCUACGAAAUGACUGGCCAUAGCCGAGAUACUCAAGGCGAUAUGUCAUGGGCCGAUCUUAUGAAGAAUUCGGGAAGUAUAAUGGAAGAAGGCUGGCGUGGUCUUACAGAGGAUAUGCUCCCUUGGUCAGGAGAAGUUAAACUCCGAGAAAGCUUUGAAAACCCCGUCAACAUUCAUGGGGAGUCGAUUGACUUUUGGGUUCUCGUCACAGCUUACCCCGAAAUCACCGCUGGCGGCGCAUUAAGGUCAAUCAUGGGCUCGAUAACGGAUAUCUCACAUCUGAAAUGGGCACAAGGUCUACAGAACCGAAGAUUGCAAGAAGCAGAGGAAACACGACGUCAACAGAACGAAUUCAUCGACAUAACAUCCCACGAGAUGCGCAACCCCCUAAGCGCGAUCUUACAAUGUGCAGAUGAUAUUACCUCAGCGAUGCAGGCAUGUCGCACCAACGGCAUCGCAGCUUCACAAGAAGUCAUCGAAUCAUGCCUCGACGCCUCACAAACAAUAGCUCUUUGCGUUCAGCACCAAAAGUCAAUUGUUGAUGAUAUUCUCACCGUUUCAAAACUUGACUCAAAUCUCUUGCUUAUAACACCGGUGGUUUGUCAACCGCAAGCUAUCGUUGAGCGAGUGGUCAAGAUGUUUGAGUCUGAAAUGCUAGCGAAGGAUAUCACGCUUGACAUCGAUAUCAGUUCUGAGUUUGAGGAGCUAGCUGUUGAUUGGGUUGCCAUGGAUCCGAGUCGCGUUCUUCAGAUUCUUAUUAACCUCAUGACGAACGCUAUCAAGUUCACUGCACCUUCAGCAACGCGGGUGAUAAAAGUGGCUGUUGGAGUGUCGAGAGCUCCACCGGAGAUUAACAACAUUCCUGGAUUUGAGUUUGCGCCUACGAGGGGUGAGAUUGGAAAUGUUGUGGGAUCUGAUGAAUGGGGGUCUGGAGAGGGUCUGUACGUGCGGUAUAGAGUGCAGGAUACGGGUUGUGGAUUGACUGACGAUGAGAGAAAACUUCUCUUUCAACGGUUCAAGCAGGCCAGUCCACGAACACACUACAAAUACGGUGGCAGUGGCCUUGGACUAUUCAUCUCAAAACGACUGGCAGAGCUCCAUGGAGGUCGCAUUGGCGUUGCCUCAAUAGCCGGCAAAGGCAGCGAUUUUGGUUUCUACAUCCAAGCUCGACGCUCAUCACCUCCCAACGAACAAACCUCCCUCCUACCAAUCCUCACCGAAACACCCUCCCCUUCAUCCCCCACCAAAAGGACAGUCCAACUCCUAUCCCCAAAUCCCUCAGCACGAACCCGUCGCGAAAGCAUCCUCGCCGCCGUCUUCACCCCCACCACCCUAACAGUCCACAUCGUCGAAGACAACCUAAUCAACCAAAAAGUAUUAGUAAACCAACUCCGCAAAGCAGGCUGCACCGUAAGCGCCACGAACGACGGGAUCGAAGCUCUAGAAUUCUUAAAAAAGACGCAUUUCUUCAAAGCUGGAGGGUCGGAGUUAUCGGUAAUUCUCAUGGAUCUGGAGAUGCCGAAUAUGGAUGGUUAUGAGUGUGUGAGGGAGAUUAGGAGGUUAGAGAGGGAGGGGAUGAUUGGGGAGCAUGUUCCUGUUAUUGCGGUGACGGCGAAUGUGAGGGAUGAGCAAAUUAGGAAGGCGUUGGAUAGUGGCAUGGAUGACCUUGUUUCGAAGCCGUUUAGGAUUCCGGAGGUUAUGAGUAAGAUUGAGGGGUUGUUGAGGAGGUGUAAUAGGUAAUUGAGUUGGAGCACGGGUUAGAUUUUGUACAAGCAUUGGGCGUUGAUAUAGAGUGAUUUACAUUCAGCCGGUCUAUCAGCAGUCAAUUUGACAGAUUUGGU